AUACGGCCAUGGACAGGCGGACGUGUGACCGCCCCACAGCUGUCCACCUGUCGGCACAGCACGUCAGACAGCAGCUGCUGUCGACACCUGCACGGCGAGUGAGAAGGAGGAAAACAACGUGGCAGGUGUCCGCCGCGGUGUUCCUGGUGCUGUGGGGAGUGUUGGGCGUGGUCGUCGCUCUACGAGAAGCGUUUGACGUGGAGAGGAUCACCAGGACCGUGUACACAGCGACAGGUACAGGAAACCUCGACGCUGCUCCCACCAACACCAGCCCUGUAGGGAACUGCUCCCCGCCGGCCAUCGGACGAUUUCCCGGCGACCUGUUCACGCAGGCGCAGCGGCGUCAGGGAGCCGUCAUUCUGCACGUCAUCGCCUCGCUAUACAUGUUCCUGGCUCUUGCCAUCAUUUGCGAUGACUACUUUGUGCCCGCACUGGAAAGGAUCAGUGAAGGUCUGCGUCUGCAGCCGGAUGUGGCCGGUGCCACGUUCAUGGCGGCCGGAAGUUCUGCCCCCGAGCUCUUCACGUCCAUCUUCGGCGUCUUCAUCAGUCAAGACGACAUCGGAGUGGGAACCAUCGUGGGGUCGGCCGUCUUCAACCUGCUCUUCAUCGUGGGGCUGUGCGGGCUCAUGGUCGGGACGGCCAUCACCCUAACGCUGUGGCCCCUGCUGCGGGACUGCAGUAUCUACCUCAUCAGCGUGGCGGCGCUCGUUAUCGUUAUGUACGACGAACAGGUCCACUGGUACGAGGCGUGUGUCCUGGUGUGUCUGUACUGUCUGUACGUGGUGCUGAUGUACUUCAACCGCCAGCUGAGCUCAGGGUUCAACCGGCGGUUCCCCGCAGCAACUGUUGACCCUCAAAACCGCCGGCAGUCGGGGCAGUAUGAGAAAACGCCGCUAAUGAAAGCAGGUUUUGCUUCUGAAAAAACUGCGGAAGAAGGAGAUGCGGCAACAGAUGACGAAAUCUGGUCCUCCGACAUCAUGAAAGACCGUCUGUCUAAGUUCUCCGCCCCACGACAGACUCAAGAACAGAAUGCCGCAGAAGAAGUGCAAUUCCUGGAGACGCCGCCUAGUGGCGCUGCCACGACCCAUUCGGACGAAGCGGUCGGCGGCGAGCCUGAGUCUCCGUUCUCAUCCCCGUCCCAGCCCUGGAGGAGAGUAUUAUGGGUUGUGGGGCUGCCUCUGACCGCGCUGCUAUGGGGGACCGUGCCUGACUGCCGCCGGGACAGGUGGAGAAGAUGGUAUCCUGUCAGCUUCCUCAUGUCAGUCGUCUGGAUAGGAGUCUUCACAUACAUACUCGUCUGGACGGUCACCGUCAUAGGUUUCACGGUGGGUAUCCCGGACACAGUGAUGGGCCUGACGUUAAUCGCCAUCGGAACCAGCGUGCCUGAUGCCUUAUCUAGCGUCCUGGUGUCUAAAGAAGGAGAGGGAGACAUGGCGGUGUCGAACGCAGUCGGCAGUAACGUGUUUGACAUCCUGGUCGGCCUGGGCGUGCCUUGGCUCGUCAGGACGGCGGUCGUCCAGACAAACAGGUGA